GACAUUGGGCUUGUUUUUUUGAACCGGUCAAUUUUUGAUAGCAUUUUAAAAAUUAGGCACAUGUGAUUAUAUUGGUCUCUGCAUGUGAUAAUAAAUACAGUUCGCACAAUGUAUCUGCUUGAAUAAUACUGCUAGUAGUACGUUUAUCGUUUAAGUUAUAACUACGUCUUAACUUCGUAUCUACCUCGAUUGUAACUCAUAUCAUGAAUUAAGUAUAGUAUCUAAUAUUAAGUUUUUCCAAUGAUAUCGAAUAAUAAAUUGGGAUUACAAGAUACUGUGUCAUAAUUCAACAUAAUUAAUUAGCAUGAAUAAUUAAUAAACACACAUGACUUUAUAACCUGUACAUACGUGUGAACAAUUUUUAUUUAUAAAACGAUCGCUCCACCGAUCUUACUUAUCUGAGUAUCCGGAUCUAGUAUAGUACUUUAACACGCAAGUACAUAGCGUGUUAUUACAUGCUUAUCUCCAGAAUGGAUAUUAGAAAGUUAUAGAGACUACAUACCGCUUUCACAUAAUAUCGCGCCGGAGCGGCCAAGUGCAGUGCUUUCUUUCCUAAGUGCCUGUCAUUCAUGUCAGUCGUACAAAAGUGCUUGAAUUUCAAAUUGAUGAAUAGUGUUUACUUGUGAGUAAAAAUUAUUUUUGGAGUGCUAUGUGCACAUCAAGUAUUUUAAAAAAAUCUACUAACUCUGAGCCUGGCAGUAAAGCGACAAAGAUAAUCCACGGAGUCGUCAUUACCAUGGCGCGGCAAAUCUUCUUCAUAUUCAGGACGUACCUGGACAUGAUAAUAGACCUGAUUUACUCCUUCUUCUGGGAGGGGAAGAGACAGGCCAUUCCAGAUUUAGAGAAACGACACUCGAUUUUAAUGGAGAGUGCUGUGAGCCUCGCAGCAAAAAUCAGGAAUAAGGAGCUGAAAUCUGAAGAUCUUGUCAAUGCGUGCAUCGAGAGAAUACAAUCUGUAAACCCGAUCAUAAAUGCGGUGACUGACGAAAGGUUUGAAGAAGCUCGUAAGGAGGCUAAAGAGAUCGAUCUGAUGAUAGCCAAGGGACUCUCGGAGGAGGAAUUUAAAAAGAAGCCGUUCUUAGGGGUACCAUUUACGGCCAAAGAGUGUCAUGCAGUGAAAGGUAUGCUGCAAACGCUGGGGAUAAAGGCGCGUGCACACGUGCGGGCGCACGAGGACGCAAAGUGUGUGCAGCUCCUUAAGGAGGCGGGCGCUAUCCCUAUCGCUGUUACUAAUGUGCCUGAAAUUAAUAAAUGGGCGGAGACCCGCAACCUGGUGUUCGGGCAGACCAACAACCCGUACCACACGGGGAGGAUCGUGGGAGGGUCCAGUGGAGGGGAGGCGGCGCUCGUUGCCGCCAUCGGCUCGCCCAUAUCACUCUGUUCGGAUAUCGGCGGGUCGACUCGCAUGCCGGCUUUCUACUGCGGCCUGUUCGGUCUCAACCCGACCGCAGGAUACACGAGCAUGGAAGGAUCAGCGCUUCGUACCGGCAAAGACGAUACAAUGGCGUCUAUAGGGUUCGUGAGCAGGCACUGUUCCGACCUGGGACCACUUACUAAGAUCCUAGUUGGAGAGAAGAACGAAGAGCUCCAGAUUGACAGGGUUGUCGACCUUAAGAACAUUAAGUAUUACUAUGUGGAGACAUCAAAGGACCUGCGCAUGAGUCCCAUCUGCCCAGACCUGAGGAAAGCUAUGAACAAAGUGAUAACAAAUCUGACAGAGGAGGCGCCAUCUGGCGGCGCACCGAAGCGGUACUACCACGAGGGCUUCAACUACAUGUUCGCGCUGUGGCGCUACUGGAUGACGCACGAGACAGAGAACUUCGCCAGGAUGAUCACCAACAACACCGGAGAGGCUAACUUCUUCGUGGAACUGGCUAAGAAGCUAGUGGGCAUGAGUAACUACACGUUUGCGGCGAUAUUGAAAUUGUUUGACGAUCAAGUUAUGCCCAAAGUAAACAAGGAGUGGGCCGAGAAACUCACCAAGGAGUUAAAGGAAGAUCUGCUGAGCACACUGGGGUCUGACGGUGUGCUGUUGUUCCCGAGUGCGCCGGCGCCGGCCCCCUACCACCACUCGCUGUACCUGCGCCCCUUCAACUUCGCCUACUGGGCGAUCUUCAAUGUGCUGCGAUGCCCUGCGGCGCAGGUACCCCUAGGCCUGAAUGGCGAAGGUCUACCUCUAGGAAUACAAGUGGUAGCGGCCCCGAAGAACGAAGCUCUGUGCCUCGCCGUGGCGGAACACUUGGGCAAGGCCUUCGGAGGUUAUGUUCCUCCUUGUAGGGUGUUAAGUUAAAGUGUAAUUUAGUUUGUAUUACUACAAACCAGUGGCGAAAGAUGAAAUUUUCUCAAAGGGAACCCGACACAACAUAUUAUUACUAAUAUACAUAAAUGUAGUCUGCAAAUUAUUCUGAUGAUAUUAGAGUCUACAAAAAUUUUAUAUAAAGGGAAGCCGGUAGGAAUCGAGUUAUAUGGACCCUUUGCCACUGCUACAAACUAAUAUAUUUUAGGUCAUUCGCGUUAUGAAAAUAGUGGCUCAUUCUUGUCAGUUGAUGGCUACCUCCGACAAAUAAGGUUGCAUUAUAGAGACAA